AAUGCCCAGGAGUGGGUGUCACAUGCCUCGGCACAACUUGUUGACUCCGGAGAGCGCCACCGCCUCGGUGUGUGGCUCACCUGUCCGCCGUGGCUACUCGACCCGCACUCACUUGCCAUGAGCAAGUUGGGCAAGUUCUUCCGAGGGGGCCGCUCCACCCGGGCCCGCGCGGCGCCCAGCGCCCAGGAAGCCCUGGCCCGGCUCCGGGAGACCGAAGAGAUGCUGGCCAAGAAGCAGGAGUACCUGGAGAACCGAAUCCAGAGGGAGCUCGCCCUGGCCAAGAAGCACGGCUCGCAGAACAAGCGAGCUGCCUUGCAGGCACUAAAGAGAAAGAAGAGAUUUGAGAAGCAGCUCACUCAGAUUGACGGCACCCUUUCUACCAUUGAGUUCCAAAGAGAAGCACUAGAAAACUCACACACCAACACUGAGGUCUUACGGAACAUGGGCUUCGCAGCCAAAGCAAUGAAAACAGUCCAUGAAAACAUGGAUCUGAACAAAAUUGAUGACUUGAUGCAAGAUAUCACAGAACAGCAGGACAUCGCCCAAGAAAUUUCAGAAGCGUUUUCUCAAAGGGUUCAGUUUGGUGAUGGUUUUGAUGAGGAUGAGUUGAUGGCAGAACUCGAAGAAUUAGAGCAGGAGGAAUUAAAUAAGAAGAUGACAAAUAUGAGGCUUCCAAAUGCGCCUUCCACGUCUCUCCCAGCACAGCCUGAUAGGAGGCCCAGCAUGCCCUCGUCUGCACACCGAUCGCGAGCAGCAUCCUCCAGGAGGGCAGAAGAAGAUGAUGAUUUCAAACAGUUGGCAGCUUGGGCUACUUAAACUAAAAUGGAAAUUUUUGGACACCUAAUUUAAUGAACUAUAUAUAAGAUAUAAAAAGUGUUUUUGUUAAGCUUAGAAGUUAGCAGAGACUCUGUUUUGAAUGAAUAAUUGUCUUUUCAGUUAAAGAGCUGUAUGUUGACACAGUCGAGGGUGGGUGAGGCUGCUUGUCUGCAUCAUAUAAGAUCCUUCCAGACUGAUGGACUGGAGACCUGUCUGUCUACUUUGUUUGCUACUGUAUUUCCAGUUCUGGCACAUAGUUGAUUCUCUCUAUAUAUUUAUUGAAAGAAAACUAAGUAUCUACUGACAUAUUCCAGUUUAUAAACCAUGUAUGAGGGAUACCUAGGGUACUGGGAAAAUUUCCCCAUGAAAGCAAAAUUGCUGUGUGCAGCCAUAUCAUCCAUGAUAAAUGUAGAUACACAGACUUUCACGAAGUCUUCAGUGAGUCUAUACAUACAUACUUUCAUUUGAAUUUCAUAGUUUAAAGUCUUAAGGGAGCUUUAAUUGGUAUUUAUUACUGCCAAUUAAGCUUGGAGUGGGGCAAUGGAUGCAUUUCCCCAAAUGUCUGGAAAGCAUUAACAGUUUACCCUGCUGAGCAGAGUCUCCCGGGUGUCAUUUAGCCACUUAGGCAGCUGAGUGAACACAGGCCCCUCCAGGGCUGCUUGGCUUCACAGGAGUGCUCAUUCUUUCCUGCCUUGUGCUCUCUUGCAUUUUUGUUUUUCAUACUUCACAGCAUGAGCUUUGUAAAUAUAUGAAAAUACUGGUGAUUGAAACCUAUCUUGAGUAAAACUUUGUCCAUAAUUAUACUUAAAUGAAAAUAAAUUAUAAAAUCAUAUAUUACCAUGACAUCACAGACCGUAAAAUGACAAGUCUAUGAUGCAAGAUGUUCUGGUAUCCUCUUCAUUCAGUGAGUGGUACAGUGGACUGGGAAGAGUGCCAGACUUGAAGUAGGAGGGCUUCAGUGCCUGCUCUGCAAAGGCACAUCCGACUCUUGAGCUCUUGUUUUGGCUUUGGGAAAUAUAAGUGAUGGAGUGGAUGAUUCCUGUCAUCCCUGUUCUGCCACAGGUGCUUGGACUUUGCUGUUUAUCUUGGUACUCUUCCGCCUUGCAGAACACACAUGCCAAAUUCUCCUCAUUCUUUAAAUGUUGGCUAAAAUGUUCCAUCUUGGGAAACUUUUUCAUUUCUUAGACUAAAUUAGGUCUUCCCACUGUACAUUUUUACAGAACUCUGACUGCUCUGUGCCAUCUCUUUAUUAUCUCAACUACAUAUUACCUGAAUGCUUUUCCUUGCUGGCUCUGGCAACAUGAGGAAGAGACUAUAUGUUUUCAAGUUCAAUAGUCUAGUCCCAGUGUGCUGCAAAAUCUCUGAUGUACAGUAGGCAGUCCAUUAAUAUUUACUCAAUUAACGUUAAUUGAUAGAAUAACAGGAGUUACCUUCUGUGUGCUUAAACAACUAUAAAAUUGGACAAAGCAUAUUAACAGUUUUCAGACACUGGACAAAUGACAGCACUGAAUGAUGAUGCUAAAGAGAAAGGAAACCAGUGGCAUGAGCACUUCCAGUGCCCUGGCUUACUGCCUUCACAGGAAAGGGGAACUCUAACAGAGCCUGGUGGUUUUGCUGAGUUGAGGAAAUUUGUGGGGAAGAGUCUUGGAAAGAGGGUUGUUACAGAGACAGCCUGCCUCUCUUU